AAAAAAUAGAAGGAAAACAGAAAAUCAAAAUAAUUGUUUCUGCAUGGUUUCAUGUACACAGUGUACACUGUACUAAAUUACUAGGAAUAAAACCUUAGUUUCUGAUUAAACUUUUGUUGUUUACAGUUACAUUUAUUUGAUGAAAUAAAAUUCAUCUGUACUGGAUGCUCGCACGGAAUUUGAAAAAUCUAAUUGAAAUUUACAUUGCAGUAUGGCUAUGUGUAGGGCGUGUCUAGCUUCCAAUGCUUUAAUAGAUUUUGAUGAAUCUCUUCUAAGAAAUUAUAACUUAAUUACUAAUUUAAAUGUUAAUUUAUAUGAUGGUCUUCCACAAUCUUUCUGUCAUAGCUGUAGCCAAGCUAUUACAUUUUUCAUAGACUUCAAGGAGAAAUGUAUAGAAUCUGAGAUAUAUCUAAGAGAAGCAAUUGAGAAAACAAAAGUAGAAGAAACUGUUAUUCAACCCAUCAGUGAACAGACAUUAAUUAAAUUUGAACUCAAAACAGAAGAAGAUGUCUUUGAUAAUUUUGCCAAUGAUACAGAGACCUAUAUAGAAUUUAUAAGCAAUAAUGAAAAUGAUUAUUUGAAUAUGGAUGAAAAACAAGAAGGCAUACAGGAAAACACAGAUGAAUCUUUACCAGAAACCAAAGAAAAGAUGAGGAAGCUUGCUAAAAGCCUAAUUAAAUUAAAACAAAAGAAAGCUGAAAUAAGAUACACUCGAAGUAAGAAAUACCUUGGAAAUAAAAUUUAUAUGAGGAAGCCUACAGACAUACCUGAAAACAAAUCGUUACAUUGUGGUAUCUGCAAAAAAAAGUUUGAUGAACCGGACAGCUUAAGUUUUCAUUUGGAUUCCCAUAAAACAGAUAAGCAGUGUGGAAUAUGUGAUAAAGUGGCACAGUCAUGGCCUCAACUGUUUGGCCACCGCUUGCAACACUUACCGCAAGGUCAAAAAAAGUGCCAUUUGUGUAAACGUCGUACUGUAUCUCCAUUUUAUUUAGAAUUUCAUUACUUAAAUUUCCACAAUGAUGGACAGGAUAAGACUCUAAAGUGCCCGGAAUGCGGAGGUGCUUAUAUGACCCCACGAAAAUUGAGGAAGCAUAUUUCGGCUUGCCAUUCCGAGUUGAGAUACGUCUGUGAUCAUUGCUCUAAAGCGUUUAGAGCAAAGAGUGUUUUGGCUAAGCAUAUGAGUUGUCAUAGCACAGUCAAGACCUUUAAAUGCGAAUCGUGCGAAUUUGCGUGUAAAUCUAAUUUUGGACUUCAGACUCACAAAAUGCAUAAACACACACCGACCAAAGUCACAUGUCAAAAUUGCCUAAGAACAUUCGUCAACCAAGAAAAAUGUGACAAACAUAAGUGUCAAUUGAAAAUUGUCAUUUGCCCCAUUUGCGGUAUACAAUUAGGGCAUAAUAACAAACUUACACGCCACAUGGAUACCCACAAAGCAGUCGGCCAGUAUAAAUGCGAGAUCUGUCCUUCUGUGUACAAGACGAGUGGAGGCUUGAAAACGCAUAUGAACCGGCAUAAAGGCAUUCGUGACAAGAAAUGCGAGUAUUGCCCUGCCAAGUUCUAUUAUGCUAGCGUACUUACCAAGCAUAGGAGAAUACACACAGGAGAAAAGCCAUACGUUUGUAAAAUAUGCAGUAGAAGUUUCACUGGGAACCAUAAUUUGAAAGUCCACAUGAGGAUUCAUGGCGAAUUCAUUAUUAACAAAAAGGACAAGACGGCGGACCAGUCAAACUGCACCUAGAUAUAAUUUAAUUUGAAACAAAUAUAGAUAAUGCAAGUUGUUUUAAUGGUUGAUGUUGUAAAAUAAUUACGAAAUAUAUUGUUGAACUUUUUA